CGUGGCGGCUGUUCGUCGCGUCGGCGGCGGAGCUGGGCGCGCGGCGGCGGUGCGGGGCCGGCGGGUGCGACAUGCGGGAGGACGGCGGGGUGGAGGCGAUGCUGCAGUGCCAGAAGGUGAGCGACCUGCUCAUCGCCGCCUCCUUCCUCUCCAUCCCGCUCGAGCUCUUCUACUUCGCCACCUGCGCCGACCUCUCCGAGGUCAAGUGCGCGGUGCUCCACUUCUGCGCCUUCAUCGUCCUCUGCGGCGCCUCCCACCUGCUCACCGUCUUCGCCCACGCCCACCCGCACUCCGCCGCGCUCCUCGGGGCGCUCACCGCGUCCAAGGUCCUCGCCGCCGUCGCCUCCUCCGCCGCCGCCGUGUCGCUCCUCACCUUCAUCCCCAAGCUGCUCAGGUUCAAGGUGCGGGAGUCGCUGCUCCGGGACAAGGCCAGCCGCCUCCACCGGGACCUCGGCCUCGUCCGCCGCCGCGAGGAGGCCACCUCCCGCGCCGUGCGCGCGCUCACGGGGCGCAUCCACGGGUCCCCGCUCGACGUGCACGCCAUCCUGCGCACCACCGCGCUCCAGCUCGCCGACGCCCUCGGCCUCCACAGCUGCGCCGUCUGGAUGCCCGCCGCCGGCGAACCUGACCUCGUGCUGGUGCAUCAGCUUAGCUCCAGAGCCCAGGCGACCGACAUGCUGGAGGUGGGUGACGCACGCACCACCAUCGCCGCCGAUGACCCCGACGUGGUCGACGUAAUGGCGAGCAAGGUCGCCAAGGUGCUCAAACCGCACUCCGCGCUUGGGACGGCGAGCGGCAGCGACAGCCUCCAGCCGACGGGGGCGACGGCCGCCAUACGGAUCCCCAUUCUACGGGUGUCCAACUACGACGGAGGAGGGACGCCGGAGGUGACCGAGGCGAGCUACGCCAUCUUGGUGCUGCUUCUCCCCCACGACGCUCCCGGAGGAUGGAGCAGCCACGACCUGGAGAUCGUUCAGGUCGUCGCCGACCAGGCCGCCGUCGCGCUCUCCCACGCGGCGGUGCUCGAGGAGUCGCGGUCGAUGCGGGACAGGUUCGCGGAGCAGCACAGAGCCCUGAUGCAGGCCAAGCACCAUGCCGCCAUGGCGACCAGAGCGUUCAGCUCCAUCCAGAGCGCCAUGUGCGACGGCAUGCGCAGGCCGGUGCACUCCAUCGUCGGGCUGGCCUCGUUGCUGCAGCACGAAGCGGCCGAGGGCAUGCGCCCGGAGCAGAGGCUCGCCGUCGACGCCAUUGCCCGGACGAGCACCCUCAUGUCGGCGCUGAUGGACGACGUCAUGGGCGCGGUGACCGUGAACCGGCCGCACCACUCGUCCCUGCAGAGGAAGCCCUUCAGCCUACACGCGCUGAUCAGGGACGCCAUCGGCGUCGCCGGCUGCCUGUCCCGCUGCAGGGGAGCUGCCUUCCUGCACCAGCCGGAGUGUUCGCUGCCGGAAUGCGUCGUCGGCGACGACACGAGAGUGUUCCAUCUCCUGCUGGACAUGGUGGGCACUCUGUUGCGCCGAUGCGACACCGAGUCCGGGGCGUGCCGCCUCUCGUUCUCGGUCAGGAUCUGCAAUGUGGGUGAAGAGAGGUACAGCCUUGACUGGAUCCCGAUGCGGCCGACCUUCUCCGGUUGCAACGUUUGCGUCAAGUUCAAGGUCGGGAUUGAAAGAUCGAGGAGUUGUGCUGCUGAGAGGAGUCUGCCAUGCCAAUUGCCGCCUCCCAUUCCCGCCGCUUCGAGUUCAGAGAUGGGGCACAUCUUCAGCACCUACUGCAACAAGGUUGUGCAGAUGAUGAACGGUAACAUGUGGUCAGCCUCCGACUCCGAGGGCGUCGGAGAAAGCGUCACCCUGAUCCUGCAGUUCAAGCUGCAGCAGGGACAUGUCCAGGCGCCAGGAGCAUCCCCACCGCACAUCCUCCCACACUUCAACGGCCUGAGGGUGCUCCUGGCCGGCCGCGACGCCGUGAACCGGGAGGUGACCAAGAGGAUCCUGGAGAGGCUCGGCUGCCAGGUGAUGCCGGCGCCGUCGGCCGCCCACUGCCUGAGCCUGCUGGCCAGCGCCGAGGCCUCCUUCCAGCUGGUCGUGCUCGACAUCGACGACGACGACGGCACGGCCAUGGACGGGUUCGAGGCGGCCCUCAGGAUCAGGGAGCUCAGGAACAGCUGCUGGCUGCUGAUCGUCGUCGUCGUGGCCGCUGGCGGCGCUGGCGUCCCCGCCGCUACCGACGGCACCGCCGUCCAGGAGUUGUGCCGGCGGGCCGGGAUCAACGGCCUGAUCCAGAAGCCGGUCACGCUGCCGGCGCUGGGAGCUCAGCUGUGCAGAGUGCUGCAGGACAACUGA